AUGACACAAACUAUCGCAGCAACCGAUUACGCGAGGAAUGCAGCCAAAUACAUUGAAAUUUUGAAUAAAUUGCGUCGUAUGGGCGCACAAUCCGCAGUUGACUUGCCAACCGUGGUUUUUUGUGGGAAUCAAUCGGCCGGCAAAAGUAGUUUGUUGGAAGCGAUUUCCGGCGUUCAGUUGCCACGUUCGGAGGGUACGUGCACAAGAUGUGUCAUGGAAAUCCGUUUGAUUGAAUCCUCUGAAAUUUGGUCAUGUCAAGUUUCUUUACGUAAAGAGUACGAUGCUAAUGGAAAAAAACUUAUUCGACCUGAAGAAACGAAAUUCGGAAAUACCAUUAAAAACAAAGAUCGCGUGGAAUUGUUUGCACGUCGUGCUCAAAAAGCACUUUUGAAUCCCAACAAUAAACCAGAUGAAUAUUUUGAUUUUGACUUUAAUAAUUUAAGUUAUGAUGAGGAUGCAUCCAAGAACACUUUAAAAUUUACGAAAAAUGUGGUUUGUUUGGAAAUUAAGGGACCUAAAAUUCCAAACCUUAGUUUGAUAGACUUGCCCGGAAUUAUCCGUCACGUUGAAAGAGAAGAAGAUGAAAGGUUCAUAAAAUUGAUUGAAGAAUUGGUCGAAUUGUAUAUUUCGAAAGAAAAGUCUAUUAUCGUCGCGACUAUUAGUUGUAAAGAUGAAAUAGAUAAUCAAGCCAUUAUCACGCUUGCAAAAAAAGCCGAUAAAUUAGGUGCUCGUACCCUCGGCGUUUUAACAAAACCAGAUACUAUUGAGGAAGGUUGCCAUGAAUCUUGGUUGAAAAUUAUGAGAGGUGAAGCACAUAAAUUGGCUCUUGGGUAUUAUAUUGUGAGAAAUCCAAAACCGUCUGAAUUGAAAAGUGGUAUCACUUUUAAGGAAGCUCGUCAAAAUGAAGAGGAUUUUUUUGAAAGCGAAACACCUUGGAGAAAUUUCCACCAAAGAAAUCGAUUGGGCGUUACCCAUUUGCAGGAGAAAUUAUCUGAAUUGUUGAUUAAAGCAAUCAAGCGUAAUCUUCCUUCCAUUAAAAAAGAAGUUGAAGACAAGCUCGCAAACAUUAUCAAAGAGCUUGGAACGAUUCCAGAACAACUUAGUGGCAAUACACGAAUUGAACUUUAUCGAAUGACCAAAAGAUGCGCUGGUCUUAUUCAAUUAGAAACCACAUGUUCUAAUGAACAAACAGAAUUAUGGCAAGCAAUUAAUAAGGAAUUUCAAAAUUUCAAGUUUAACCUGUGCUCCACGCGUCCAAUUUUCGAAAUCGGUCUUGAUAGUGAUAAAUCGAGUCCCGCCAGAUUUGAUAUUUUAAAAGAAUUCUUACAACCUACUGCUGAUGAGAACGAAAUAAUUGGUGACAUUGAUCAAGGCGAAUUACUUAUAGUAAGAGAAAGUGACGUGGUUGAAGGUAUAAAUAAAGCUCGCGGACGUUUAUUACCUGGAUUUAUUCCAUAUAGCGCUGCAACAAAAUUUAUAAAGGAACAUCAAAAAUUAUGGAAAUCACCAGCUCAAGAAUGUUUAUAUCACAUUAAUGAAAUUAUGUCGGAGCUUGUAAGUAAAUCUACUGAAGUCACUUUUUCACGUUUUCCGGAAUUGUUCGGUCGAAUGAAGUUUAAUGCACAGGAGUUUCUUGAAGAAUGUAAACGAAAUACUGAGAAAUAUAUUAACUUUCUGAAUGAAAUGGAAGGAACCAAUUAUCCUUUCACGUUAGAUGAAGGUUCGAUGUUAAUAUCAAAGACUAAAUAUCUUGAAAAACUUCACGAAGCGGUUAAAAUUGAAGAGCGUGAACCAACUGAUACGUUGGAAAUGGUAGCUUCAGUUAUGGCAUACUUUAAGCUUGCGUUUAAGAGAUAUGCUGAUGCUGUCUCUUUGACGAUAAUCCACGCUUUUAUUGAUGGUUUUUCAAGUCUCAUUGAAGAGAAACUUAUCGAGGGAUUUGAACAAAAUGAAGACGAAAAUUUUAGAAUCGAUGAAUUGAUUAGAGAAGAUGAUAGCAUAAAAAUAAAAAGAGAGGAAUUACAGCAAUCAGAGAAACAUUUGCGUGAAAUGAACAUUAGUCUUAUAAGGUUUGGUUGUUAA